AUGCCGGAAGCGGCUAAAUCUGCUCCUGUUCCGAAGAAGGGAUCCAAGAAGGCGGUAACUAAGGCGCAGAAGAAGGAUGGUAAAAAGCGCAAACGCAGCCGCAAGGAGAGUUAUUCCAUUUAUGUGUACAAGGUGCUGAAGCAGGUCCACCCGGACACCGGUAUUUCGUCUAAGGCCAUGGGCAUCAUGAACUCGUUUGUCAACGACAUUUUCGAGCGCAUCGCGGGCGAGGCGUCGCGCCUGGCGCAUUACAACAAGCGGUCGACCAUCACGUCCAGGGAAAUCCAGACGGCCGUACGCCUGCUGCUGCCCGGGGAGCUAGCCAAGCACGCCGUGUCCGAGGGCACCAAGGCUGUCACCAAGUACACCAGCGCCAAGUAA